AUGACAAAUCCCGCGCCGUGGCAUCUCGUGCUGGUCAACGUUGCCAUGCCCCUGCGUGCACCCCCGCGCCUCCUCCACCCCCACCCCCCGCCGCGGCCCCGCGCGCUUGACGCGCCACCCCGCCACUCGGUACCCCGCGCCACGGCGCCACCCGGCACAGCCCGACCCCGCCCCCGUCCCGCCCCGAACCGGCCGGUUUUCAUUGCGGCACCAACCCGCCGCCUCAGAUCCACCCCGCCAAAGGGACAGGUGGAGCGGAAGCCACCCGUCGGAGACACCCCGGUCGCCCGCUCCUUACCCACCGACCUAAGCGCCAGCUGGGGGGGCAACGGUUCCCAGUCCCUCCAGCCCGCGCAUACUGCCCCUCACCGGAGCCCGACGCCUCCGUGUAAGCGCUCACUCAAGCCUGCCUAUCGACCCGAUAGCCCCGUACGCACGGCUACCGCAACCUCGCGCACCUCACCCGCCCCGCGGCCUCCCAGUCACUUCGACCCGCCAGCCCCACCCCCCUCAUUACGCUCCACCCAUCUUUAA